CAGAAAUUAAUCUCGUGUGCACAGGGCUCCGUCAACUGUCAAAAUUUGAUCAAUCGCGAUUUUCUUUAUUUUUCCAGAUUAAAAAAGGGUCAAAAUGAGCGCCUUGAAGCUAUUUUCCCUUGCGAAAAAUGGUGUUAAAUUUGCUCGUCCCGCAGCACAAAUGCGUCUCAUGAGCGCGAUGCCGGAUCCGAAGCAGGGAUUCGUUUACGUCAACGACAAAGAGAAACCCAUGGAUUGGAACAGCAUCACGGAGAGAGCAGCAGAAACGAUUUUCCUCACGGAAUUGUGCCGUGGCAUGGCAAUUACUUUGGGUCACAUCUUCAAGGAACCCGCAACAAUUAAUUAUCCUUUCGAGAAGGGACCUUUGAGUCCUCGUUUCCGUGGCGAACAUGCGUUGCGCAGAUAUCCGAGCGGCGAGGAACGUUGUAUCGCUUGCAAGUUGUGCGAAGCUAUUUGUCCCGCACAAGCAAUUACGAUUGAGGCUGAGGAGCGCGCUGAUGGCAGUCGACGAACAACCAGAUACGAUAUCGAUAUGACAAAAUGCAUUUAUUGCGGAUUUUGUCAAGAAGCUUGUCCCGUCGACGCCAUCGUCGAAGGUCCCAACUUCGAGUUUUCCACAGAGACUCACGAGGAGUUGAUGUACAACAAGGAAAAAUUGUUAACCAACGGUGAUAAAUGGGAAAGUGAAAUUGCCUCAAAUAUCCAUGCCGAUCACUUAUACCGCUAAAAAAAUCUUAGAAUGUACAUAAAUUUACUGUGAACCUCCUCUCGAGUCACGCAAAAAUAAAAGUUUAGAGAAAAUUUAA